GCGCUCAGAGCGCGGGCCGCCAGCUCGGCUCCUCCAAGCCCCCGGGCCCGGGGACCGCAGGACCGCGAGGGGAGCGCCCGGCCCACCCACGUGGCCGCGCUCACGUGGGCCGCGCGGCCGCAGGCGGUGGAAAUCGGCAUGGCAGUGCAGCAGAGCAGAAAUCUUAGAGAAAUAUGAAGUCCUUAACCAUCUGGAACUCAGAAACUCAUUCGAGGCUGACUGUGGUUUCUAGAACAUCCAGGUGUUCUGCAGAUGUGAGAAUUUAUCCUGCACUCACCAGCUGGAGUCCUGAACAGAUGCAAGGCUUGUGCUUCGGCUCUAACAUCCCUGAGCACAGAGGGGUCAUUUUCUAGGUGGCCAAAGAGCAGUUGUUGACACUGAUGUCUGGUUGCCGUGCACAACCAGGGACCCUACAGAGCUGCAGUGGGGAAAGCCAGAUUCGAGGCUGCAAGUUUCCUGACUCUUCUGAAUUAGGAUUCCAGAUGGGGGCCCCAUUUCUGUAGCCCCCACCACCCCUCUAGGCACCACCACCACCGCCACCACUGCCACCACCACCACCACCACCAGCAGCAGCAGUAUCUUCUUGCAAACUCCACUACUGCUCUCCAGGGACUCCCGGCAUUGAAAGUGAGCAGAAGGGAGCUCUUAGAGAAGUCUCUAGCUGUGGCCCACCAUCACUCCAGACACCCAGAAUCCUCCCUUUACCACCAUGGGCUGGCUUUUUCUAAAGGUUUUGUUGGUGGGGGUGAGUUUCUCGGGAUGUCUUUAUCCUCUUGUGGAUUUUUGCUUCAGUGGGGAAACAAGAGGCCAGAAACCGAAUUUCGUGAUCAUUUUGGCGGAUGACAUGGGGUGGGGUGACCUGGGAGCAAACUGGGCAGAAACGAAGGACACUGUCAACCUUGAUCAGAUGGCUGCAGAAGGAAUGAGGUUUGUGGAUUUCCACGCAGCCGCCUCCACCUGCUCGCCCUCCCGGGCCUCCCUGCUCACCGGGCGGCUGGGCCUCCGCCAUGGAGUCACCCACAACUUUGCAGUCACCUCUGUGGGCGGCCUUCCACUCAACGAGACCACCUUCGCCGAGGUGCUGCAGCAGGCUGGCUAUGUCACUGCAAUGAUAGGCAAAUGGCAUCUUGGGCACCACGGCUCUUAUCACCCCAACUUCCGUGGUUUUGAUUACUACUUUGGAAUCCCAUACAGUCACGAUAUGGGCUGCACGGAUACCCCCGGCUACAACCACCCUCCUUGUCCGGCAUGUCCACGGGGUGAUAGACCACUCAGGAACCUUGAGAGGGACUGUUACAAUGAUGUGGCCCUUCCUCUGUAUGAAAACCUCAACAUCGUGGAGCAGCCCGUGAACCUGAGCAGCCUUGCACAGAAGUAUGCCGAGAAAGCUACCCAGUUCAUCCAGCAUGCAAGCGCCAGUGGAAGACCCUUCCUGCUCUACGUGGGCCUGGCCCACAUGCACGUGCCCUUAUCCAGGACCCAGCUAUCAGCAGACGCGCAGGGCCGAGGGCCGUAUGGUGCAGGUCUCCGGGAGAUGGACAGCCUGGUGGGCCAGAUCAAGGGCAAAGUCGACCACACAGCAAAAGAAAACACAUUCCUCUGGUUUACAGGAGACAAUGGCCCAUGGGCUCAGAAGUGUGAGCUGGCGGGCAGCGUGGGUCCCUUCACUGGAUCGUGGCAAAGUCAUCAAGGGGGAAGUCCAGCCAAGCAGACCACCUGGGAAGGAGGACACCGGGUCCCGGCUCUGGCCUACUGGCCUGGCAGAGUCCCCAUCAAUGUCACCAGCACUGCUUUGUUAAGUGUGCUGGACAUCUUCCCCACCGUGGUGGCUCUGGCUGGGGCCAGCUUGCCCCGCGACCGGCACUUUGAUGGUCUGGACGCCUCUGAGGUGCUCUUUGGUGGGUCGAAGACUGGGCACAGGGUGCUGUUACACCCCAACAGCGGGGCAGCAGGAGAGUACGGGGCCCUUCAGACUGUCCGCCUGGAGCGUUACAAGGCCUUCUACACCACUGGUGGAGCCAAAGCCUGUGAUGGGAGCAUUGGGCCCGAGCAGCAUCAUGAGCCUCCUCUUAUUUUUAAUCUAGAAGAUGAUAUUGCAGAAGGUGUGCCUCUAGAAAGAGGCAGUGCCGAAUACCAGCGCACACUGCCCAAGGUUAGAGAGGUCCUUGCGGACAUCCUUCAAGACAUCGCUGCCGACAACAUCUCCAGAGCGGAUUACACUCAGGAUCCUUCAGUAAUUCCCUGCUGCAAUCCCCACCAGACUGCCUGCCGCUGCCAAACUACCCAACAGACCGAUUUUUCCAUGAGCAGAAAGAUCCAGAAAUGAGAUGGGGCAAGUUUACCCCCCAACUUCAGUUUUACCCUCUUUAGAGUUAUGCUUUCAAACUAAGUCUCAGAAUUUUGUUUUGAGGCCACCACUUGGCGCCCCCCAUUGUCCCUUCUGCCUGCUGGCUUGAGAGAUCAGCUGUGCUGAGCUGUAAUGGAAAGCACACGGGCUUUGAGUCAGACCAGGUUCAAGGCCCAGCAUCCAAACCUGGGCAAUUGUUUAACAUAACCUGCAAGCUGAUUUUGAGGAUUACCUAAGGCAGUACAUGAACAUGCCUGGCACGCUGCGUGAAGUAGAGCAGGCAUUCAAUACAUUUUAGGUUUUCUUUUUUUUUUUAGCACUUCGGUUCCUUUUAUCUUUUUUUUGACGAAGAUUGGCCCUGCGCUAACAUCUGUUGCCAAUCUUCCUCUUUUAUUUCUUUUUUCUCCUGAUAGCCCCAGCACACAGUUGUGAUCAUAGUUGUAGAGUUGUAGCUCUUCUAUGUGGGACGCUGCCUCAGCAUGGCUUGAUGAGCAGUGAGUAGGUCCACGCCCAGGAUCCGAACUGGUGAACCCCAGGCUGCCGAAGCGGAACACAUGAACUUAACCACUAUGCCACCUGGCCAGCCCCAGGUUUGUUUUUUAACGUGCCCAGUUUUGCUGGUCAGUUUAGCAUAGAUUCAUUCCAACUGGUGUCUAGAGCAGGGCUUCCCCAUCUUUAACACGCAUUCAAAUCACCUGGAUCUUGUGACAAUGCAGAUUCUGACUCAGUGGGUCUGGGGUGGGGCCUGAGAGCCUCCAUUUCUACAAAGUUCUCCACGGACACCUUGAGUACAGGGUAUUGACUAGAUAGUCAGACCUGUUUCCAGGUCUCAGAGCAGAAGAGCCCACAGAUAACUCCAUGGCCCUACCCACCUCCCCUCACCCCCUUUUAAAGGUCAAAUGGCUGUAUUUUAAAGAUUUUAGGAGUUCUUCCUGCUUCCUAAAACCACGAAGAAAUAAAUUUUUAAAGCCUCAAAAAU